UAUUAGUACCAUAUUUUGCGAUCCUGCUUAGAAUUCACGUUCUUGAUUUUGUCUUUGAAGACACCAUGAUUGAGCAAGAGUUCAGUUCAGUUAACCCCACCGAAUGGAUAAUAAAGCUAGUCGGUCAUGUUAUGGGAGCAAGUUCGUUUUUAUUACCCUUUGCGAUGGCUCAUGCAGGAUUGCCUCUCUUCUUUCUUAUCCUGGUGAUAGAAGCUUACUUCACUGGAAAAUCCCUGGUCUAUUUUUCUGAGAUGGUGACGACUCGCUCAAAUGCUAAUGGAAUUCAAUGCAACAACUUUUUUACAAUCGUGGAGCAUUACCUCGGCGGAGAAGUACAUUUUCGAAAGGUUAUCAUUCGGUUAUUUGUUCGUGGAUUAUUCAUGUUCGACGUUUUGAUAUGCACAUCGUUUUAUUUCCGAGUUGGUGCCGAAUUAUGGGAAUCUGUAUCUGUCACAGAGCCCUUUCCCACGCAUCUCAGAAACGGUUAUUACGCCGUGGUUUACAUCUGCCUCUCAAUAUUUCUCCUCACGUGGGAAUAUGGUGAAAGAUUCAUACAGGGAUUGAUGACAUCAAAUGUAGUCAUCAACCAACAGAUAAACGCAGUUGACAUCAGAGAUUCCCAUGUAAAAGGAGUCCAUAUAAACGAUGGCGAAUCAAUGUCAUGGAAACAAGAUCGUUUGAACAACAUGACGGUGGUAGUUAAAGAGACGCACAGCUACAACUACAAGCGCCCACUUCUCCUUUUCCUCUUCAUGUUGUUGACAUUUUCACUGAUACUUAUCUACGGUGCUCUGGCAAAUAAUCCUGAUAUGAUUCAUUCUGCAAAUUCUUCUGCAAUGUGUCCUGGAAUUCUUCAACCGACCUGGGAAUCAAAAUCUACUGAAAAUAUUCUUCACGAAAUACCCAUCAUUAUUUUUUCGUUGAUGAGUUACGUUAUCAUUCUUCCAAUCUGCGUUGAUAAUCUUGAAUUAUCAACAUAUGCAAAUCUUGUCAUCAAAUCAAAAGCAAGCCUUGUUGGAUGCUUGACUGUACUUGCACUGCUCGUAAAUUUAUCACUGGGAGAAUCUGCAGCGGUUAUCUUCCCUACUGCAUUUGGGCCUGGUGUAUAUGGAAUAUUGAUUAAAACAAUAUCUUUUGUGAUAACUCUGAUCGCAAUGUUAUUGAGAGUAAUGGCGUGCUGCAGACUAAUUCAAGUUCUGGUUAUUGACAACGAUUCGGAAACACACUAUUGGUUGAUUGUUAUAACCCUAUUCUUUUCCUCUUACGUCGUUGCAACGUGGGUUCACAGUGUUGUUUAUCUAGUAAUCAUAGCAGGAUCUGUGAACUGCAACUUACUGCUGAUUAUUCUGCCCCGACUUGCGUACAUACAAUUUAAGUGGAAACAAAUUCAGUCUAGAAAUAUCGACCACUGUCCUACGCUGAAAGAUCUAAUACCGAUAAUCGAGGCUGCUGCUGGUAUUGGACUUCACCUUGUGCUGCUGUUUACGACAUUCCAAGCUAUUCAAAUCGUUGAUCCAUCGGUAGGUAGAAGCUGCAAGAAUUACUUCAUCGAAAUUUUUGCAACUUUCAACUUUUAGUCGUUAUCAGAUUAUCACCUGACUCAGUAGUCAAUCAUAUCAUCCACAUGAAAUCAAUUGAUUGUUUAAAAUGAAGUUAUGUUCUCCAUUAAUGUUUUCUGACUUCAAAUUCUAAUCCGAUGAUAAAAUCAUGGCAAAUGCGAUGUUCACUGUUUACCCCUGUUUCAAAGAUGUUUUUGAUGGUUCCCGUACAUUUGAACCCACGACAAUUGCACCUGCAUAUAUUGCACCUUUGGAUUUUUUUUGUUUUGCGAUAUACACAUGGGUUCAAAUGUACGGUCACCGUUUUUGAUAUGGACCAUGAUGGUCUUGUGUAAUAAACGAAUUGAAAGACUUGAAUAUGCACACGCAGUUUUACUGUGUUGUUUCAUUUUAUUGGUCCAUGUGGUGUUUCUUUUAUUGUAUAUACGUAAUAUAUAUUUCAUUUAUAUGUUUUACAUUAAUUGCGGAUUUGCCGAUUAUUACUGAACUAAUUGUAAAUAUCGCGAAUUGCGAUUAGGGAUGGCGGAAUCGACUAGAAUCGAUUCCAAUGCAUCGGAAUAUUUACAUAUAUAUAUAUGUAUAAACUGCUUUACUGCUAUGUUGAG